UGGCAGCUCUUGUUUCGAUGCCACCCGUCCCCAAACUUGCUGCCAUUCUCCCGCUGGGCAAGUUCUAAUACUCGCCAGUAGGCAGCUUCUUAUUAUGGAAGGCCCACGGGAAGUUCCCCAACUACCCCCGCAUGCCUCGAGCACCCCGGUGCUGUCAGUCGUGGACAUGCACACGGGCGGGGAACCCUUGCGGAUCGUACUUACGGGGUGGCCCGAAGUGGGUGGCUCCACCCUGCUAGAUAAACGCCGCUAUGUGCGGGAGCACCUAGACUCAUUACGGCGGCGCCUGAUGCACGAGCCGCGGGGGCAUCGUGACAUGUACGGGGCGUUGCUAGUGCGCAGCGAGCUGCCCGACGCUCACCUGGGCGUGCUGUUCCUACACAACGAGGGCUACAGCUCCAUGUGCGGCCACGGCGUGCUGGCCCUGGGACGCUUUGCGCUCGACUACGGACUGGUGCCGCCUCCCCCGCCUGGCGUCCGCGAGGCCCAGAUCCGCCUGCACUGUCCCUGCGGCCUGGUCACCGCCUUCGUGGAAUGCGAGGGUGGCCGUAGCCAGGGGCCGGUCCGCUUCCACAGCGUCCCGGCCUUUGCUCUGGCCACAGAUCUCGUGGUGGAUGUUCCCGGAAAAGGGGAGAUUGUAGUUGACAUUGGAUAUGGUGGUGCAUUUUAUGCAUUUGUUAAUGCUAAAAGAUUUGGAUUAAAUGUCUGUUCUUCGAAGACAAGGGAUCUUGUGGAUGCAGCAAGUGCAGUUACAGAAGCAGUUAAAGCACAGGUUAAAAUUCAUCACUCAGACAAUGAAGAGCUUGCAUUUCUCUAUGGAACUAUAUUAACAGAUGGAAAUGAUACUUUUAGUGAAGAACCAACAACUAACAUAUGUGUGUUUGCAGAUGCACAGGUUGACCGCAGCCCCACUGGUUCUGGAGUGACUGCUCGAAUUGCCUUACAGUAUCACAAAGGACUUAUUCAAUUGAACCAGACCAGAACCUUUAAAAGUGGUGCAACAGGCUCAUUGUUCACUGGGAAACCAGUGAAGGAAACCAAAUGUGGGGAAUUCAAAGCAGUUAUAGUUGAAGUAUCAGGACAAGCCUAUUAUACAGGUACUGCAAGCUUUAUAAUUGAAGAAGAGGACCCACUGAAAAAUGGAUUUCUUCUCAAAUGACCUUAUUCAAGAUCUCUUACUGGCCCCUUUUAAAGCUACCAUUAUCUAAGAGCUAAUUGUCCUCAUGUUCUAUUAAAAAAGUGUAUCAUCUUAUAUAUGUAUAUUGCCAUCCUAUCUAAUAUCAUAAUCCUUUAUUAUACAAAAUCAUGUUAAUAAAUAAUAAUGAAGCUAUCA